UGCACAACCGACUGGUCUUUAAGCAGUCACGAACGAGCCUUCGUUCGUCGCAGCCGCAGGAGACGCGAUUCCUCUUCGUCGUCCUCCUCUCGUUCCCGUCAGACGAAAUCCAGGCUACGAGGCACCAUUUCCCACCGAGUUACGCGCGCGCGUGUGUGUGUUUCCAUCGCUAAUUCAGUGCCAGUGACUGUUGCACCUGUCCGUGGGCACCGUGGGCACCCUGGACGCGAUCCCUCGGGGAGUGGAGAACCUGGGCCUGGCUCAAGACCGUUUCAUCGUCAUGAAUGAUCGCUGAAAGUGACAGAUAAUCAAGGGAAGGUAAAAGAACCAUCGCGCAGAAUGUCGAGAAUAUUGGAGGGAGUGGAUGAACGCCCCAUGGACCCGGGGCUCAAACUCGGCACCACUUGAAUGCGAAAGAAAAAGUACAAAUGAGCAGGACGCGGGAUGGGCAAAUCUUGGCUCUUGGUCCUGUUUCCUGCGACGAUGACGACAAUGACAAUGAUGGCGUACUUCACCGUAACGACGGCUACUCCAACCUCGGUAUCGUCCCUCUCUACAACCACCAACAAUGAUGUUCUCGAUUCGAAGAGGGAGGACAUAGAAAAAGCUUUGGAGGUGAUACAAGCGGCAUCAACUGGAUCAUUGGGUGUAUACUGUGCUGCGGUUGCUGGAUUUAAGUCUUUGCCAGCUGGUGCAGCUCUUGAUCCAAGACGCUACGACGCUGCACGCCAGAAAGCAGACAUGACCGCCUUGAUGCUUCAAAAUUUUGGCACUGUUGGAGUAACGAGGCAUAACGUGCUUUUAGAUGUUGUAGCAAAAUCGCUGUUGGUAUCUGUGAACGACGCGGUGGAGACGCGUGUGAUCGCUCUAAACGUGUCCACUGGGACCGUGAUCAACGCGGUUUGGUUGGAAAGGAGUCCAGGAAGCGUCGGUGAACCAUCAAAGGUUGAGAGCCACGCACUCCAGCCAGGAUCCACACCGGAUCCAAAUUUACCGUGGUUCGAGGAUGCGGGCGCCACCACAGGGUUAAGGGGUUGGUGGACCAUCCCGUAUUUCUCUUGCAAAAGUCAUCGCUGGUUGAUGUCCUACAGCGUUAACAUACUACCAAUGGACGCACGACACGGGAUCCGAGAGUUUUUAAGCAUGGAUAUCGACAUAAGCGGGUUAGAAGUGAACCAGUGCGAUGUAUCAUCGCAACAUAAUGACAAUGAAGCGCUGAGCAAUCAGAUAGCUGUUUUUAGGGGAACUCACAAAUGUCAUAAUGACACUACACAGUGUGAAUAUCAAAGUCCAUAUAAUGUCGGUGUCAGUGGUAGAUGGGCAAGGGGUGCGUAUGUAUGUAAAUGUCGAAAGGGCUAUUACAGCACGAGUCAACAUCGAUCUGGAUUCGAUGGGAUUCUCGUUGAAGCCGCCUGGCGAGAGAUGCUAGAAAAUAAAAGCGAUUCGUACACAAAGGUGUUUCGUUGCUUGCGUUGCGCACCUGGAUGCGCCAUGUGCAAAGGACCCGAGCCUUGCUUAGCCACCUACAACUGGCCAUUUAGAAUCACCCUUCUAUCGUUUUCAAUUUUCUGUGUGUUUGGUACCAUCUUCCUCGUGGCCUAUAUGUAUAAACACCGCAAGCUCAAAGUGUUCAAGGUCGCUUCGCCGAUAUUUCUAUCCAUCACGCUUUUAGGUUGUGCUAUUAUGUACCUCGAGAUGGCCGCCAUAUUUCCCGUCUUGGAUAUGUACUCCUGCGUCGCCACCAAGUGGACCAGACAUCUUGGUUUCUGCAUCUCCUACACGGCCCUGUUGAUGAAAACGUGGCGAGUUUCCCUCACGUAUCGCGUCAAAAGCGCGCACAAGGUCAAACUGACGGACAAGCAGUUGCUACAAUGGAUGGUCCCGAUACUGUUAGUGAUGUUAAUUUAUCUUGGCACAUGGACGCUAAGUGCACCGCCGUCAGCUGAAGUGAUAGCGGACAACUAUGGUCUCAAGUUCUAUCAGUGUUCAUUCAAUUGGUGGGACCAUAGUUUAGCAAUCGGAGAAAUCCUGUUCCUCGCGUGGGGCAUCAAAGUAUGUUACAACGUUCGCAACGCAGAAAGUCUCUUCAACGAGGCCCGUUUGAUAAGCUAUGCAAUUUACAACAUAGCUGCUGUGAAUAUAACCAUGAUCGCCAUUCACCUUUUCAUUUUUCCUCACGCCGGACCGGAUAUCAAGUAUCUGCUGGGGUUCCUGCGUACGCAACUUUCCACUUCUGUAACCGUCUUUCUCGUGUUCGGACCCAAGGUGAUUCGAGUUUUGCGAGGUCAGGGCGACCAAUGGGAUAGUCGUGCCAGGGCUCGUGGGAUUACGGCGAGCUUCUCAUUGAACGGAACUGGUCUGGUACCAGAGGAAACAACAGAUUUGAUUCAAGAAAACGAGGAACUGAAGGAAGAGAUCCAGAAGCUGGCAGCGCAAAUUGAAUUCAUGAAAAUCGUGCACAUGGAGAUGUAUAAUCGUCACAUAAAACCGAAAGCUGGCGGAUACUUUAGUACCCACGGCCAUGGUCAUGUUCAUCCGUCCUCGGCACAGAGUCCCAUCGCCAAGAGUUCGACGGCCAGUUUUAUAUUGAAACAGACAGCCGUGGAACGGGGGGCGAGUGCGGCCGCGGCUGCCGCGGUCGAGGAUUCCACUUUCCCUUCUGGCAGCUUGCACAGAGCGCGCAGGAUGGAAAUUCUGAAGGAACGGAAAGCUGAGAGGGAGAGAGAACGAGAACGGGAAAGAGAAAAGGAGAGGGAGAAGGAGAAGGAGAAAGAAAAAGAGAAGCAGAAGGAGCAAGAGAAGGCGAAGGAACAAGAAAGGGUGAAAGAGCAGGAAAAGGCGAAAGAGCAAGAAAAGGUGAAAGAUCAAGAGAAUGCAAAAGAACAAGAAAAGACAAAAGAUCAAGAGAAGGUGAAGGAACAACAGAAGGUGAAAGAUCAAGAGAAGGUGAAGGAACAACAGAAUGAAAAGCAGACAGAGAUGGCUAAUGAGAGGAAGGAGAAACAGUCAGAAAAUGAAAAAGACAAGGAGGUGGAAAAGCAAGAGAAAACACAACAGAAGAACGCAGAACCAAGCGUCUGACUAGUGCUACAUAGUGAUGAGAUAUGGUUGUGACGAAUGCAGUACACCGAGGAGAACGGCAAAAAGCGUGCGCGUGCAAACCGUGGAAAUAAAAAGCAGAAAAAGAGAAGUAAACUUAAAUGGUAUCCUUUCGUAGAUACGGAUGAAUUCAAUCAGUAAAUAAUAAAUAAUAAAUCACUGCGAUCGCAUAAAUUCAUUUGUGGUAGCAACUUGUCCUCGUAGCUUUACCAGAAACCAUUUCUGUUACCAUCGAGUGAUGCACGAAUCAACAAUGAAAAUGUAUCAUUACAUUUAGCGAUAAAGAGAAACAUUGUUCACGAUUCAGUUAGGGAAACGAGAUGUUUGUUAUUAAUUCGUACGCAUGUCGUAACGAUAAAAAUUUACUUUCGUAAGAAUUACACCGAGAUGUUUGUCAAGACGAGAUAAGGAAGAUCGUACUUACUAGCUAGUGAAGUUAUCAUUCCGGCGAUUAACGUCCAUAAAAAUCGUAUAUUAGAUAUCAUUUAUCAUUCGAGGACUUCAGUGAUUCGAAUAUUCGAUCAAAAUAAUUCGAAUACCAUCCGAAUACCUGACUGUUCCAGUACUGGGGUGCUCGAAACUCGACUACUCGACUACUUAAGUACUCGAACAACUUACUACUCUAACAAUACUCGAAUACAUGAGUAAUCGAAUCCUUCGCUAUACCAAUAUUAUCGGGAUACAUGAUUACGCGAAUAAUUGACUAUGCCAACAUUAUUAGAAUCGUCCCAGGAGUACCACAAACCAGCUUAUUAAUCAUUGUUUCGCGAAUCAAUCACUCUGAUAUCUGGUUUUCCAAAGAACAAUUAAACGACAUAGAAGAAGGACUUCCUAAAUGUAAAUGUGACGUCGAAUACGUUACAGUAAGUACUUUAACGACACGUGCCAUUUUUUAAUUUACUAUGAGAAACAAAGAUAGAGAAAAUCAAAGGUUAUAAUACCAACUGUCAUUCUUUUAGUGAUGUUGAUAUAUUAGUUGGUGAGAUUCGUCGUCAAAGGCACGAAUUGUGUGUUCAUUUCUAUCGAAGGUACGAUUAGAUAAACGUUUUUAAACCUAUUUGUUACGAAAUUUCUAUCAUCAAUCAUACAAAGCUUCUUGACAUAAGUGUAAAUACAUUGUUGUCGGUGCAUUGCACGGGAACCUCGAGGCUAUGUAGGUGAGUUAUUGUAUUUUUUUGUAGUAGCUACAAAGAAUUCGAAUGUCAAAUAAACGGAAUAUGUCAGCCACAGUUAAAAUCAGUCUUCACUCGUGUAAAGCACCGACGACAACUUACAUUCUAAUUUCAUCUUCGAGCAACGUCUCCCGAGUAUGUGUGAAUCAUACAUGAAUUUGUGUGAACGAAUGAAAUCAUAUCACAGUACGUACCGAGUAAGAACUGCAAUUAUCAAUUAUACACUCUACCGAUAGCGUUACUUAACCAUUUACUUGGCAACUGUCCGAAUGCAUACCAGUUGCUUCAUGAUAUCAUGACGGCGUACGAAUGAAAGAACCAUUACGAGGCGUAAAAAAAAAAAAAAAAAAAAAAAUACAUGGUGCAAUUGACGACCAAUCGACUCGUUACAAUUUAAACACGAGGUGUGUGCUUGUUUUAUGCUAACAAAUCAAAUUAAAAACAAUUCCCCGCUACUUUCUGUACCAAUGGUGCAGGAGAACUGAAAUCAAAUCUGAAAGUAACUCGAAAUAUUAGCGUGAAUCCAUGUUAUUUACAAGCAAUAUUUCCAAUUAAAGGGCUAAAUAUUGUACGUCGAAUACAAAACUUUAUGAAACUGGGAAAUGAUUUGCGGGAAUCCCCGUGUUCGAGUAAACGGGCAGUUUCGACUUCGUCACUUGAAAGCGGGGAUGUUGUAUCGACGACAGAUACAGAUCAGAGGUGCAAGAAUUGCUUCGGGAAUGAGAAAAAAUUUAUUCGUAUCAACGCCCCAUUUUCUACGCGACAAACCUCUUUGACUUUUCUAACGUCCUUUCGCCGAGAUAAGCAUUCUCCAAUGAAUAAUUUAAUUAACGCGGAUAGUCGGUAAAAUGAUAAUUGAGAAAAACGGCUGAAUUCGCCCUCGUAUGCGUACCCGACGAACAGAAUUUUCGUAACGAAGUUCAAACCGAAAGUAAACAAAUGCAAUUCGAUCCCGACUCGCUCGAUUCAUUUCGAAAAUUGUUAUUUACUAUUUAGUUCACGACGAUGUAUAAACUAGGAGAAGCGGAUGGGGGUAUGCGACAGUUGAAAGUACACAAAGACUAUGAAAAAAAAUCGUUGUAUCGCACAAAGUAUCGAUAAGUAACGAGCACGUAAAGCAUUUUAUUAUAUGAUUGGAGAAGUAAAAUUAAAUUGGAAAUACGUCAUAAAGAACGCGCAUUUUAUACGACAAUAAGAUAAAAUCUAAGAUAUUUUCUCGUUACUGGUAAUUCAAGGAGCUCACGAUUCGUCACUCGCCAGAACAAUUCGUUGUGAGGAGGCUUUCGUUCCGAACACUGAAAAUUCCGCGCACGUCAUUCGAAUAACGAUGCGUCUGUUGCGAAAGCAAUUUGUUGGGCGCUCCUGCGUGUGGCAAUUUUGCGAUUUUACAAUAUCCAAAAUAGGGAAAUUCAAUUGUCGUUCAAUUGUAAUUCAGUUGUAAUUGUAAUUCAGUUACAAUUCAAUAUCAGUUUACUUACAAUUCAACUACAGUUCAAUAGUUUAAUUGAAUCGGAGUUGAGUUAUAAUUAAAUGACAGUUAAACCGUAAUUCCAGUUGAAACAUAAUUGCAUUAUACAGAAUGCAGAUCAUUAAAGAUUAAUAUCUAACCAUAUUUUUUAAUAACAAAGAAAAGAUGAAUUAUUUUGUAUUCGAGUUAAAAAAAAUUAUAAAUAAUAAGUUACAUAGCAAAGUUGCCAGACGGAGGAGACAAUUGUUAAAUAAUGAUAAAUAGCGAUCAUGUAUCAUGUUAAAACACACGCUAGAAUCUCGCAAUGUUCAACAUAAUUCGCACGAGCCUGGCGAGCUUACAUGUAUAGAUCAGGAUCAAUGACCGUAAGGGAGCGAUCGUUGCAUCGCGAAUCAAUUUACAUACCGACUACUUCGACAUCAUUUUAGGAGUUUCUCACUGUGGUCAUCGUUACAAUAGGCGACCGAACGCGGCCAACAAAAUAUCGCUGUCUGUGUCUGUUUAUCGUGUGUACCGUCAUUGUUGAAUAUGCGACUAAUCGACGCGCGUAAACACGUCACCUGUAAUUAGGGUAUCUCUGUUGAAGUCAAUCGACAUAAUGGAACGAUUAAUUCUUCGAUUCUCCUUCGAUGAAUUUUCAUUUGAAAUCUUAAUUUUAUAAUUGAUAACGAGAGUUGAAAUAUAAAUUCUAUAAUAUUUUAAACAUUAAAAGUAUUUAUUUAGUCGUGUAUCGGAUACAAUAAGAAUUUAUUAUAAUUUACUGAACGUUAUUGGUCUGAUUACUACUUGAAAAUAUGACAUUCAAUGAAAAGAAAUUGCGACGAAGGAAAAUCGAAGGAAAAGUCAGCGUUGGGGAUCGUCUCGCUCGAAAUUGCCACGAGAUGUAGAACUAACUUGCGAUGCGAAUGGUUCGCGCAUUCACUCGCGAGCUCAAAGUAGUUUUACAGUAGAGAAGCGUUAAUCGAAAGUAGCCAUGUUGUUGCUUAAGACAUUUAGGAUAGGGUUAACGCUAAUGGACAGUUGGUCGAAUCGAUGAAAAGCUUUGAAUGAAGAACUGACGAAUUCAAAAUUCUGAUCAUGGAAAAUAUUGAAGUAUUAAAUCAUAAUACGAAAUAAAUUGUUCAGGGUGAUCUAUAUUUACACUAGGGUUAAAACUACUCGAAUUGUCCUCUGUUCGAAUAUUCAAAUAAUUCAGUAAUUCAAUGGUGAAUACCAUUCAAAUACCAUUUGACUGCUAUUCGAAUAAAAUUCAAAUACUAUUUGACUCCUAUUCGAAUACUUGUCGUGUGAAAUGGAAAUCAAAUUCUUCAAUUUCUUCCUUCUUUUUCUAAACUUUAUACUCGUGCAUUUAAAUAUUACGAUAUUUACAUAACGAUAUUCAUAUCCUCGAAUAUUCGAAUACUAAAAUAUCUGAGUAGCGAAAUUUGGAUACUAAAAUAUUUGAAUAUCGAAGUAUUCGAGUGGUUGUAGACCUAUUACAUUACAAAUCAGUGCAACUUCGUCGAUUCCUCCAUGAAAAUGUACGUAACGUUUAGAUAAUAAUACCGAUUUGGAGAGGACACGAAAAGUCGACAUGAGUUCAGAUAAAAAAUAAGAUCCUAUCCGCUAGAGAGAGAGAGUCGUUGCAAUCUAUUCUGUUGUCAGCUAGGACGUUUGUUAAAGUUAUCGCGUCGUCCCUUCUGUGGUGUAACUAUGUAAAUUGCAAACAAUAGAACAGAUACUGAGUGGAAGAAGAGAAAACAAUGCUUUCGGUGUCGCUGUUGUAACUCGAGUUAAUGUUAGUGAGAAAAGAAACAAAAAAAAAAAAAAGACAUAAUGAAAACACUUCGAAACGAAACAUAUACCGGUUCACCAAAACGAUCGACUCUGUAAUCGACAUCACUCGAGGUCGAUUUCGAUUCUAGACGAUCCCUCGAUAUCGCGAUUCUACGCUACUGGCAUCAGAAGUGUCGUAAGUUAAUUGUAUGAUAGAUUCUUGGCGUUACGCGAAUUACGAAGAGUGGUAUUAAUUAUUCCGAACGGUGAACAAGAGAAUUCGUCGCGAUCCCAUCUGACACGUAAGAAAAGAAAAGUCUGUGUACAAGCGAAACCUAAUUUGUAAAGAUGUAAUGUAUAUGUAAUUUGUAAAGAUAUAAUGUACAAUGUAACAUAUAAUGUCGAUGAAUAUAAAGGUAACUGCGAUUAACGUGGACGAAAGGAAAAACCUUCGGAGAAAAUUCAUUUGCAGUUUCGUUACUCACCCGACUAUUCCCUAAAAAAAAAGUUUCGAUCAAUUAGGAAAGAGACGUUGACUUUACAGUUUAUUUACACAGGCUACACAAUGUACACUAUGAGAGAUAUGAAGACUCGCGUGCGACCCGUUUUAUGGACGCUUUAAAAGAUUGCACGAAAUUCACUCGCAGCUUGCCGUUGGCAGACCAAAAAAAUCGUCGUAUUCGUUAAACAAAAUUGCACAUCGCCAUUACGGAAGUUAUAAUGUAACGCUUGUAUAGGUCGAGCAACAAGAACUUAACGAAACAAAAUAUAGUUUGUACAACAACAACAACAAUGUUACAGAGAAAACGCGAUUCGGAACGGCACCGAGACGCGCGCCGAACGAUAUAUGUUUAUAUUAUUCUAAAAAUUGAACUAAACUGGCACGUAAACGUAAUCAAAAUUAAUAAUUCGAUGUAACAUGAAUUCCAGCCUCACUGAUUCACUGAUAAAUUAAAGAAAAAUAAAAAAAAAGAAAAAAGAAAAAGGUGAGUGCAAGGGGUUAAUUAAAUUAUAUUAUAAUUGCAUUAAUUGGGCCAGUAUUUAUGCUCUUGGAAUACAGAGCUAAUUGUUUUUCAGCUUUAAGAAGGGUGAAAAUAAACGAAAACGAAACAAAAAUAUAACUUUUACCAAAGAAUCGAUUCCCCUAAAAUUAAAAAAAAAAAAAAAAAAAAAAAAAAAUUGUUGCCCAUAUAACUAAAUAAUAGAGAAAAUGAAACUAAGAAUCGUGAAGUAGGAACGCGUUGCUCCACAGUUCAGGCAUCGAAUUAUUUCCAUUUGGUUAGAAUCGAUAAUAGCUACUUAUAGAAUCGCAGAAAACAAGAACAUCGAGAGCAUUAGUCAACCAGACACGGUUCAAGAAGCACUGUUGUUCGUAAAUGAAGAAUAAUGUAAACGUAUCAACAACAUUCGUUCACGUGUUUGCUGGUUCUUUCGUUUUUCUUUUUUUUUUUUUAUACGGCAGGCACGCACACUUACGCACACGUAUACUCUAAUAUUUGGACAUUUGUACUUGACGUAUUUCAAUCGCGUGUAUAACAAAAUAUUCGAAGCUACAUUUUUCUUUCUCGGCUCCGAGGAUCGUUGAGCCACUUUACACGCAGGUAUAGUUUGCACUGUCGUGCAUUAUAGUUGCACGAUUUUCUUUAGUAACAAACCGUGAGGUAAUACGACACGAAAUUAAUUUUAAAGUUAAUGGCUGUCCCACGUUUAAGCAACAGAAAUGGCCAAAAUUUGAUAAACGAUUUAAUUUUUCAUUGUGAAAAGGUAUAUUCCGUAGUGUAAAUUAUAUAUUUUAUUUAAGAAGUUGUUUGUCUUUUAUUCAUUCCUUGAAAUUUAUUUUAUCGAACGAUAAGAAUUUUGCCCAUUUCUGUCAAGACAUGGAUAAACGAAAGAGCCAAGUAAACCGAAGGCACAUGUGCCAACGUUCGCCAAGGUUCGAGCACGUGUGCCUUUGGUGUAUAUUUAAUUGACACCCGAUAAGAAAGUUAUAACAAACUCACUUAAACAUUGAAAUUUCAUAUUGUGCACAACUCACCUAAUUAAUGUGUCUCAUCCUCGUGUUCCUCGGACGACUACCAGUUUCUAAAGUGACUAUUUAGAAAGUUGUACAGGAAGUUUGCAAAUGAUCGUGUGUCCAACAAAAUCGAAAUUUACACAAAUCUGUGUCUUUUUUUUAAUUUACAACACAUUCACUACACUUGGACACACUAUGCUUGAUCAACGACCAACACGUGUGUUCAAGAUCUUCCCCCACUCCGAUCGCCGUCAGGUUACACGUUACACGAGGAUGCACGUGUCUCGAUCUAUUCUGUUCCGCGCUCUGCCCCACACUGACGCCUUUCUCUCUCGGUCGAGGCUCAUAUGGAGGGGAUGGGUCCCGUGCGAGAGUCCCAACCCAUUGGCUGCCUAGCUCGCGGGGUCUCUUCCCCUUCCACGCGCCGUAUUCAAGACAGAAAAUAGUUGUAGAGCGCGAAUUUUAAAGAGAUUAAAUGGAACAAGUGAAAUAUGAACUCUCUUUAGCAACAAUUUUGCGUUUUCUCUAUUUUGUUAGACUCACGAUCUUUCACACAUUUUUCAAAAUAGUUUUCUAAAUAGUUACUAUGGAAACAGACCAUCACCUUAACAAUAAAGAAAUUAAAUACAUUAAUUAAGUGAGUUGUAUUCCUGUGAAAUUUCAAUGUUCGUCAAUGUUAUAAAUUCCUUAUCGCGUAUUGUUUAAAGAAAUAUUGAUCCUUGUUUUUUUUUCUUAUGUACGUAAUGGAAAAAAUUAUCUUUACAUUUUGAAUUCCAUUUAGGGGCAAUCUAUAAAAAUUCGAGGAAAAACGUAAACGCAUUACUCGUUACAGUUAUUUAGGCAUGCGCGUAAUUCGAAAAUUCGUUAGGUCUACGUUUAAACCCCUUCGUUAAAAAUACAAACGUCUUGUUAACAAGUUAACAAAAGUAACUUGGACCCCAUGAAUGUUUGUUUAAGAUAUAGCAGACCCUCCAUUGUCUGAAUCCUUGUUAUAAAUCAUUGCUUAGCAACCUGUUUCCGAUCGAAGAUAAAUCCUGUUUCUCUUCUUCGAAGAUAAAAAUUAAUUAAUAUUAUAUCAAUAUUAUAUCAAAUAACAUUUUAUUUUAUAAUUAUCUGAAGUAAUUGUGUAAUUGUUUUUCAAAUAGCUUUCAAAUUAUUUCAAAUAGUUCUUCCUUAUUCUCAUUUCAAUUAAAAUUUUCCCACGUCUAUUGAUAAUAAUUUUAAUAAAAAAUAUACGAUACUAAAAGUUUGACAUAUCUAGUCUUUCACUAUGCCUAAGUCAAUUCUGACAACGAAGGUUCCACCAGACUCACUAAAAAAUUACUGGAAAUCGUUUAAGUAAAUUUCAAUACAAGGAGGCAUAACACUAUCGGUUAAAAAAACCGACGCAAUCACUAACAUAGUAUAAAUUUGCAUUAAUAUUCACCCUAGAGAUUAAUCGCUGCGGAAACAAUUUCACGCCGAAGAGGUCCACAAUUUAAGCUUUGAUCAGUCGAGUAGUUUCCACAAUGCAAACCAUACCACAGUCUUCAAGCUAAAGUAAUUUGGUCGAGUUUCCAACGUAAGGUUCCCUUUUUCCUAAUCUUAUCAUCCCACAUAAAUUUCACCCCCGC